AUGAAGCUCUGUCUGCCUGCCUUGUUUCUGUUGGCUGCGCUAUAUGUGAAUUUUGCUCACUCCCUAGAAUGCCACGUGUGCUGCGGGCCGGAGAGCUGCCGGGCUCCCGUCGAAUGCUCCCCAAUAAACAAGUACUGUCUUAUUACCCGGGCAAUCAACUCAAUCAACCCAAACCAAAUCCUGGUGAUGAAGUCCUGUGCCCCGAUGUGCCCAAACAGCACCAUUUCAACUGAUGGACAUGCCAUUUCUGGAUGCAAUGGGAAGGCGGAGACAGAUGCUUCUGCUAGCCUAGUUAUAAGUCGAGGGGUUCUGUGGGUGGGUGUCUCCACCAGCCUCCUAUGGGUGCUCCUCCAAGCUUCCUGGUGAGGAGAUUUUUCUUGUCCUUACCCCCUUGACUUUCCCUAAAGUCUUCUUUCCCAAGAUCUCUUCACUCAGGACAGAACCUCCAACACCAAAGGACAGAUUUCCUCCCAGGAAAAUAGGCCCACAGGACAGGGUCUUGCUCCUUCCCCCAGUUUCUGCAGGGAAUCCAGAAGGGACACUCUGUCCAGUGGCCUGGAUCCUUGGGUAUGAGCUUGGCCAACUCCCAGUAUUACCAUUUCUCUUUUACCUUUCCUCUUCGCUUUCUUACCUGGGAUGCUGAUCUUUUCCCUGCUGUUUUUCUGCCCCUUGAGGAUAGAAAAAAAUUUUCCAUUUGGGGGUGAACAGCCACACUUGGAAGGGGGAGGGAAGAGGUCAUGGGGGAAUUGUGAAAUUUUAAUGUUUUAAUUAAAUAAUCACUUCCUUCUUUCUUCUUUUCUACCUCUGUCCUACUCAACAUCAAAUCCUCUUCCCUUCUUUAAUCCUUGGGAGGCUUAAGAUAACCCCCCUCAAGGCUAGUUAGGGUGGAUGACCUGAUUAAAGGAGGCCUCACUAAAAAGAGCAGCUUUUAAUCAUGCCCCCUUUUUAAAUGGGAUCACCUCAUCAUCACAUGACCAUGUGGCUUGGAGAUGGGAUGGGGGAUGGAGAUGAAAGGUACAUGAUUUCCUCGAACCCAUCCUAUGAGCAAUAUUUGGAGGGGGGAGGAUAGAAGCAUAUCAGGCAUUAAGUUUUCCCUAAAUGAAAAUAGAAUGAGGAACUGGGGUUAGGGUGAAGGUGCCACAUUACCUGAAUCAGAGAUGUGCCUACCUACCUCACAGGGCUGU